AUGGGCAACACCGAAACGACGGAGGAUUCCGUUCAGAGCGUGGCAGCGAACAGUUCAGUAAGUUAUGGAAGCCUGGAGGACAUCGACGUGUCUGCUGACGGCAGCCUGCUCCUGCGCUGCGUUAUCUCCGUCAUCUACGCGCUGGUGUGCGCCGCGGGUUUGGGGGGCAACCUGUUCGUGCUCGUGUUCAUCCGGUCGAAACGAGCGCGCAGGAUAUCUGAGACUUACGUCUUCGUGCUCCAUCUGGCCGUGACGGAUUUGCAGUUCGCGCUCACGCUGCCGUUCUGGGCCGCAGACGCGGUGCUGGACUUCAGCUGGCCGUUUGGAGACGUCAUGUGCAAGGUGGUGCUCUCGGCCACGGUGAUGAACAUGUACGCAGGCGUGUUCUUUCUCACAGCCAUGAGCGUGGCGCGCUACAGGUGCAUGGUGUCCGCGCUAAAUAAAGAGCGCGCGCGCGGGCGCGUCAAACUGGUGGCCGCCGCGUUGUGGUCUCUGGCCAUCGCCGCCACCGCGCCUACCUCCAUCUUCUCCACGGUGAACGAGGUGGCCGGGGAAAAGCUCUGCCUUUUACGCUUUCCGAACGGCCAGCUCUGGUUAGCUGUGUACCACCUGCAGAAGAUCCUGCUCGCGUUCGUGAUACCCAUGGCCAUCGUCUCCAUCAGCUACCUGCUGCUGCUGAGACUCGUGCGCCGCCGCAGCAUGAAGUCCAGGGCGCGCGUUACGCGCUCGGUCGCCGUGGUGGUGCUGUCGUUCUUUCUCUGCUGGAUGCCCAAUCACGCCGUGACGCUUUGGGGAGUCCUGGUGAAGCUGAACGCCGCGCGCUGGGACAGGGCUUACUACGUGGUGCACACCUACGUCUUCCCGCUCACGGUGUGUCUGGCUCACGCGAACAGCUGCUUAAACCCGGUGCUUUACUGCAUGACGCGCCGAGAGUUCCGGCGGAAGCUCAGAGACUUCUUCCUCCGUGCCUGA